AAAGAAUCCAAAAGCCCACAACACGGCCCGACGCAAACCCACGUCGUUCAUGUGAGCGAUUUCCGAUUCAUCUCGUUUUUCGACGGCCACAGGCUUCACAGAUUCUCUCCAGGAUGGAAUUCUGCAAUUCCUUCAUCUUCUUCACUCUGUUAAUCAUCCUCCCUCUCGCUAGGUGCGAGGAUACUGGCUCGGUGCUCUUCGUUGAUAGCUCGUCACAUCAAUAUCUUCGAUCUCAUUCGCCCGAUGAUGGCUUCGAGUUUAGUUCAAUGUCACUGCCAGAAGUUGGUGCUGCUGUGUCAGUCCUGCUUGGUUUUGCGCCACCUUCAACACUUUCAGCUUCGGGUUCAUCUAAGCUGAAUGGGAUUUUGAUGCCAAAUCCGCUUGAUAGGCCUCGUUCAGUUUUUAUGCUUGAAAUUAAAGGAGAAUAUGACCCUGAAAUUUUAAGCCUAGAAAGUGGCAUGUCCAGCAAUGUCCUUACAAGCAAGGUUAAUGUAGGUUCUGAGAGUGCUGACAUCCAACUUCCUGGUGAGGAUGAAGUGUCUGUUGUUCCUUUGAAUGAACCGUUGUCAGAUUAUACUGAUAAAGAUGUUAGCGAAUUUGCAUCUUUCAUUGGUGGAUCAUAUGUUGCUGAUGCAUCACAAACUUUAAAUGGAGAGUUUACUGUGCGCUUGACUGAUGAUUCUAUGAUCAAUUUUCAUCUGUCUAAGACAGGGGACAGAGAAUUCAUAGGUAGUCUUUUGUGUCUCUUUCACAAUAUUAAGAGAGCUAUUCACAUUCACGAGGAUUUGUCACAAAAUGUGCAAAGUCCAUCUGAGCUCAUCACUGGCUCUUUCAAUAGCAUCAAGGCAUUCCAAGAUGAAAGUGAUUCUGAAGGAGAUGCAGAUAAUAGAUCUAGACUAUUUAUCGUUGCUUUGUCCAAGAUAUUCCACUUACUCCAAAAAGCAUAUGAUGGUGAAAUUGUUGGAGUUGUUUUCUUUUCUGGUUCAUCAUCAACAAAGGCAGAAAAAGGAUUAAAUGUGAUGUUUAACCAUCUGUUGACUCCACGUUGGCUGGUGGAAGACGUCAAAGUUAACACAACUAUUCACGAAGUGAUAUUGGUUAGGACAACCCUUGCCUGGAUCACAGGAAUCAUCCUUUUGAUUGCUACUCUUAUGGGGGUAAAUUUUGCACCUCUACUCCAUUAUGCUCCAUCUAGUUUAGAUAUGUUAUUUUCUCCUUUUUUUUAAUCUACAAUGGGUAUU